AUGGACUCCAACAUGGACUCCACCUCAGAACACAGGGUUAUAUUAAUUCACCCACACGACGACGACAUCCACCACCACCACGACAACUACAACCCCAGGACGACCACGACAACGCCCAGGGACAGCGACGACGACGAUUGCCCAACGUGUCGACGCCACGUCACCACCCCAACUACUGAACGAGCGCCGGCGGACGCAGACGAUGACGUGGCACGUCAGCAGACGAUGCACGCCAUCGUCACCAUCCGCCGUAUGCAGACAACGCAUACGACCACCAUGACAACCCCAGCUGUCCACGACGCGUCCACGCCCAGAGCGCCCACGUACGAAAAUGAGCGCCCGCGUACAAAGACAAGCACCCAUGCCACGUACAAUGCCUCUACGUCCACGACGCGAACGACUGCCCAUGCACGACGAACACGACCACGACCACAUCCACCGCCCACACACGAAAACGAGCGCCCAUGGACCGGACGACCACAUCCACUGCCCACACACGAAAACGAGUGCCCACGAACCACUUGCGUACGAAGUAGACCGCCCGCUGAGGAAAUAUAUUUUGGGUGUGACAUUGGACAACAAAAUAUAUUUAGUAUUCAUGGAGUUUGCAAGACUAAUAAAUGUGCAGGUCCUGAGAUAGCAUUGGCAUCAGCAUUGUGGGCCAACUUUUUCACCCACUGCCAUGAUGCUAAGAUGGUUCUUAAACGUUGGCCUUGCAAUGAACCCAUCCCUGAGGCAAAGGGAUGGUCGAUUACUGACAUAUCUUCAAAUGGAAUCAAUCUGAUUUUCACAUACAUGAUUAGCAAGGAUGAGAAUAACAAGCUGGCCCCUCAAAUUGUCUCGUGGUCAGAUGAUUACAUGGACUUGGUGGAGGGGAGUGAGGAUUUCUUGGACAUACCAAUCAUUACUGGCGUAUCCAAAUCAGGGGUGCUCGUGGUCCUCACCUGUGUCAAAAACUGCAUGCCUGAGGUGGAGAAUGCUGCUUGUCAAAAUGAUGGAGGCAGUGACUGCCCUCCACUACUCCAUUGA